GACCCAUAUGUCUCACCCACUCGGUUAGGGUUUAAGAGCUUUUCUUUGUUCCCCCACAUCCGUCAGGAGGAAGACCGUCAAGAUCGAUCCGUGAUGGCCUCGCUCUGUAGGUCCGCCGCCAUGGCCGCCGGGAGGUCCGUCGCGGUCCGCUCCAAAUCCAUACUCCCGAAGCCUGCGCCGUCCCGAAGGGCCGCCCCUUUCGUUCGGAGGUCGAUCGCACCGGCAUUGGGGAGCGUCGAUUCGCUGAUGCCGCUUCACAGCGCCAUCGCCGCCGCUCGCCUCAGAUCUUUCAUUGCGGUCGAUUCCUCAUGUUGGAGUUGGCUCUCCCAAGGUUUAAACAAGCGCAUCUGAUCAUGGCUAUGGAGAGUGCAACGCAGAAGGGAAGAAACAUUUUUCAUGACGUGCUUUACCUUUGUGACCGAGGUGUGCUGGUUUUAUGCUAUGUGGGAUCUUAGAUUCUUACUACUUCUCGUUUAAUUUGAAGACCGUAAUUUGUCUUUUACAAGUCUUGAACUGCAGCAAGUGAUUGGGCAUACCUUACUUUUUAGCCUAAGCGCCCCUUUUAUUUUUGAAAUUUAUUGAGAUAGCAUUUCUUGUUUAUUAGCCUUUUAACAUAAGCUGUUCUUUCUAGAGUACAUCAUAUUACUCGCCGUGUACCCUUUAGAUGAAAAUUUGAUGUUACAA